AUGCGUCAGAGCUUUCUCCUGGUCGUGCUCGUCCUCGCCUUCGCAGCAGGCGUCCAAGGCCUUACUGGCAAUGAGAACGCUGCUUUGACCGACGACCUGAAGAGCACGAAUGAAAGGAGUAACAGGAACCUAAAGGGAAGCAGCACAACUACAGCGGAGGAAGAGGAGAGGGGAGUGACGGACAUGCUGAAGAAGGCAGUAUCACCAAUAGCCAAGAUUUUCGGAACGAAUACGGCCUCUAAGGUCAAGGGUUUGCAGGCUGAUGCACAAGUCGUCAAUAGUAUCAAGAGCGACCAGAAGCUCCAGAAACUUGGGAGUGCCAUCGCGAAGAACCCGGGCGCUCUCACGGAGAAGAAGGUUGGGAAAAUUGGCGAGUUUAUUGAGAAACUGAAGAAGAUUGAGUUCGUCGGAGACGUUAAGGGCAUGAGAAUCGCGUAUGGUAUUUUAUUCCUGGCAAUUUUCGGCAUCAUCGGCACUGGGUUUUAUAUUACUCGCAAUGUCGAGAAUAGUUAUAUUCGCUCGGGUUAA